AUGCCAAAUCCAUUAGAAACAUGGUUUAGCGAUAUUCCACCUAUUACAAGAAUAUACAUAUCCCUAUCGUGUUUUACGAGCAUAGUAGUCCAUUUAGGACUUGUUCAUCCUCUACAAUUAUGGUUGAAUUAUGAAAGCAUUGUGAAUGAAUUUCAGUGGUGGAGGUUGAUUACCAACUUUUUUUAUUUUGGACCCUUAUCACUCGACUUCUUUUUCCACAUCUUCUUUCUAGCGAGAUAUAGUCGAAUGAUGGAAGAAGGAUUCUAUAGACAUAAACCAGCAGAUUAUGCAUGGCUCAUAUUAUUUUCUGCCUCCACUUUACUUUUAUGCUCUAUCAUCUUACCAUAUGCCUAUAUACCAUUCCUGGGGUCAUCACUUGCAUUCACCAUGGUGUAUAUCUGGUCAAGGCGAAAUCCAUACAUUCGACUGAAUUUUUUAGGCUUGGUCGUCUUUAGUGCACCUUAUUUACCUUGGGUACUCUUGUUAUUCUCAAUGACACUCAGUGGUAAAUUACCACAAGGAGACGCAUUAGGUAUCUUUGUAGGACACAUUUACUAUUUUUUCCAAGAUGUUUGGCCCCGUGAGCCACUGAGUGGUGGUAAAAAAUGGCUGUCUGCACCCAAGUUUUUGUAA